AUGGUGGGCGCGGGGCCCGCGUCACACCGAGCAGCUGGCAGGGCUCGCGGCGCCCUCCAUCCACGCCCGACCGGGGCGCGGCGCGGCGGCGGGCGCGGAGGUGUCGGGCCGAGGCAGGCCGACCCGCGCACUAGCCCGGGCGGCCCGCGGGCCGGGGGAGCGAAAGAGGCCUCCUGCAGUCUGGCCAGGCUGGUAGGCUUGGUGGAUGAACGUUCCGAGCCCCCCUCUUCACCCGGAACAGGCCUGCCCAGUGGGAGGCGCCCCGCUUGGCCUCGCGUCUGUUCGCCUGCCCCGCGCUGCGCAGCGUGCACCCGCGGGACCCGGAUCCGGGGCUCCUUCGCUGCGAACUGCCAGGAGAGCCCUGAGGGGAAUGACUGCCACUGGACAGACAGACCGCUCUGGCACGACGUGAAGCUAAGAAUUCGUGGCUCGGGAGCAGUCGGCAGCGCAGGUAGCUCAGUGGCCGCUGCACCUAGAACACAGUGGCGUAGACGUGCAUAUUUCAAGGAGCCGGGUUCCCCGCGAGGCCAAGCCCUGAGAAACGCCAGAAUCGCGGCCAGGGCUCCAGAGCUCCAGGGCUCUCCCGGAGAGCGGCAGCCGCGGGCCCAGGCGCUCUGCAGACGCGGCAAGAUCUGGCUCCUCCAGCCGCGGAGAGGCCGGAUAGGCGCGGGCCCGAAGUCGUGCUUGCGGGCGGCGAGGGGGCGCUGUGGCCCGCCACUGCGGCCUCAUCCCUGCAACGGUGGCCCCAGCGACGUCCCCAGCCACCGACGGGUGGCGGGCGCUCCUGCCCUGGCGCGACCUACCUCUUCCCUUGUAGUUUUAAUUCGGGGAAGAACAAUUUUAUCAAGCAUUGCAAUAAACCUACUCCGCACACGACCUUUUUCCUCAUUGUCUUAUUACCCCGGGUUCCGCUGGACUUUGCUUUCCAAUGCAGCGGUGUGUCCAGAGUACCCAACUCGCUUCAGAUGCUACGACGUGCGCCUGGAAAACACGCGCAGAGGGGACACUGCACAAGUGGAAGGGUCCCCCACCGUUCCUGUCCUGAAACGCUGA